UCGCCGGCGCCUCCUACCUCCCCCCACCCCCCAGAUAAAUGCCUCCGGUGUCCUCCUGGCCAAAUUCCUCUCGGCUCGCUCGUCCACUCCGGGCUCCGGAGGGGAUCCGCGCGGUGGGUUCGCCCUCCCUCCCUCCCUCUGGCCGUCCCCCUCCCCGCCGGGGGACCAUGUCCACGGGCUCCCUGAGCGAUGCAGAAGACUUGGCCGAGGGGGAGAUGCUGGACGGCGACGCUCCGAAGAGGGACGCCCGCUCGCCCCCCGCCGGCCCCCGCCAGAGCCCCUCCGAGGCGGGCGCAAUGGGCCAGCUGGCCUCUCCGGCCAAGGCCAGGGGGGCAGCCGCGGGCAAGAGGAGGAAAGGGCCGGGCAAGAAGAGCCCCCUGAGCGGCGCGGGCCAGGAGGGCAAGCAGGGCCAGAGGAACGCGGCCAACGCCCGCGAGAGGGCUCGGAUGCGAGUGCUGAGCAAAGCCUUCUCCCGCCUCAAGACCACCCUGCCCUGGGUGCCGCCCGACACCAAGCUCUCCAAGCUGGACACCCUCCGCCUGGCCUCCAGCUACAUCGCCCACCUGCGGCAGAUCCUGGCCAGCGACAAGUACGAGAACGGCUACAUCCACCCCGUCAACCUGACCUGGCCCUUUAUGGUUGCUGGCAAACCAGAUAAUGAGCUGAAAGAAGCAGUGAACACAAGUCGGUUGUGUGGUCCUACAGCAUCCUGACCCUGGAUUUUCAAGCAUGUGAAUGCCAGUCUCCAACGUCUACAUGCUGAUGUGGGUGUAUGUGUGCGUAAGUAUGAAUGGGAGGAAUGAAAUUUAAGAGGGAGACAACAAGAUUAUCUCACCGGGAAAGAGCAGUAAAGCUGAAAAGAAGACCAAAUGCACCAUGCAAAAAGCCAGAUUCAGCACCCUGAAGAACAUGUAUUUAACACCAUUAACUUGUAAAUAUUUGAGCAUUCUGCCCCAAGGCCUUGCUGGUUCAAGCGCUGUUCACUGGAUUCAACCAGACUGACACUCUGUGCCUUUUUAUCCUUUAUGUCGUGAAAGAUGGUGAUUCCUAGAAUCGAUUCUGAUAAUCACAUAUUUCUAAAAGAACUGUUAGAAGAUACCCUAUGGAUAUAUUUUCUUCAAAUAGGUUUUGCUAUAUUUUUUAAUAAAAAAGAGAAACACUUAACAGGAAAGAACAAUAAGACACUAUUUUUUAAAGAGGAUUUUGUUGCUGAAAGACUGUGGUAUUGUCGAUUCACCUACAAGCAAGUUAAUCUUAAAAUGAAAUGAUGCAUCAUGAUGCCAAACCUUUUGACCUCAGAUUAUAAAAUGUUUAUUUUCCUAAUUAAGAAGAGGUGGGCCAUGUCCUUUUGGGGGAGAGUGGGUGGUUUAGGAAAAAAUAACCAAUGACUGCCGAGCUCUUCUCCAGCAGAGAGAAAAAAAGUUUCAAAAGCAUGUAUCAGCAAAGUUUCAUUGGACAGCUUGUAAAGGUAGUAGCCUAACCCAUAAACUGGUUAAUGCAAAGGAACUGGAUUUUGGUGUAUUUUCACACUUGAUAACUAAGAAUGCCUUUCAGUCUAAGAAUUACGGACACUCUUAAUAUGGAAUAAGUCCCCAAAAUUACUUUAAAUAAUCUGUACGUAUUUAUUUAAAUUGUUUAAACCAUUUCUUUUCUGCCUUUCUAACCUCAAUUUGCAAUCAGUUAAAAUGAAUAUGCAUCAUGGAAGGCCAGUGUAAGAGAACUGUUCAAAAACAGUUAAAAUGGCAGCAAAGCAGUAAAAAGAUAAUGGGGGAGGGGGGAAGGAGCCACCUUUUGGCAUGGAACAUCCCUUCCCAAUGUUGGUAAAAUAGAAUAGAUAAUUGAAGUGAGCUGGAUAGAAGGUCCCAUUUCUUUCUAUGAUUCUCAUGUAAGUAUGUAUUUCUAUGACUGACUCCAGUUUGAAAUUAUCCCAUUGAUUUCAGUGGGUCACACAGCUGUCUAUGUGUCUAUGGUUGCAUUGCUUCAGUGGGAUUUAUAUUCUGGCCUUAAAUAUCUCUGCUGGAAAGUAGGCAUCAUUUUCAGUGGAAUUAACGUUCCCAGAAAGUGUUUAGAUCAGGCCACUAGUUGUGAGUAAAUCCAACUGAAUUUAGUGUAUAUCCCAACUUCCUGGCUUAGCUGAGCUGAGGAUCUGGCUCUCUGUUUCUUGCUCUUUGUAAAACAAAAUAUAAAAUACUGUAUUAUAGAUAUUGUAUGUGAUUAAAGCACACUAAGAAGAGUUAUAUUGAAUGAGAUUUUGGAUCCUAAGAGGAUGCAAUUCAUGACAGCAAUUUAUUGAGGUAGUAGGUGAUGGCUUCAUAGUGAAUACAUUGUCUCUGAAAUCAGCCAGCAGCACUUUUACUAUACCAUUUAUGCGUCAGAAUUAAAGAAGAAAGGAAGUGGAUUUGGUAUCCACUUGUGUACCCUUGAGCAUCUUUUGGAAGUACUGCAAAUCCUACCUGUUUGAAUUGGUCUUUGGAACUCAGCUAAGGAAAGGAUGGAUACAUUUGAAAAAAAAUGCUAGUUGUUUUGGUUAUGCUUGCCAUUCACUUGAGAUAUGGGUUUGGGCAAGCAAUAAAUCUAAAUUUAAAAAAUUAUAGUUUUAUUUAGCAACUUGCUAUAGUUUACACACACACAUAAAUACUGUUUGCCUGCUGAACUCAUAGAAUACUUUCCCGUUUGCCACUGAAAAUCUGUUUCAUCUUCGUAUGAGGAUUACUGAAGCCUGCAAAAGGGGAGAGUCGUGCUCACUGUUGUGUUCUGUCAAGUUGUGACUCAUUUUAUUGUCUCAUGGAGAGCUGACUACAAUUAUAAAGUAGGCUUCGUAUCAUACAUUUUGGGCAAGAAGUGUAACAAUGUCUCAUUUUCAGAUUUUUCUAACCAUCAAGAUGAGUUGUAUUAUUUGUUUAUCAAAUGUUUUCAACUUUCCCUGUGUUAUCAGAUAACUCUUUAGCCAUUCUGAUAUAUACAUGAACAAGCCUUCAUUUAGCAUAAUUUAUUCAUUUCUUUUUGCCCCACCAUUCAAUACAAAACACUCAAAGUAUCUUACAAUCUUGAAUUAAAAAAUCAUUUAAAACCAAUACAGCAAUACAAGCCAUAAAACUGCGGUGAAACAAAAAUUUAUGGUCACUAGUAUAUUGUAAAUCCACUAUCACUAACAGUAGUAGCAACAAAAUCAGAAUAAUGCUGUUGUUGUGAGAGUAUAUGGGGUUGAGGAAGAGCACCAUGCAUCUCAACAUGAUCUUGGAGGAAAGGCAGAACUAAAUCUGUAAGUUGCCUUUCAUCCAAGGAGUUUAGGAUAACAUGCAUGGUACUUUUCUUCAUUUAUUUUCAUGACAGUCCCUUAAACUUGAUGAAGUUGACCAAAAAAAUCAACCAGAGUUUCACAAAUAAUUUGGUUUGAACUUUUAUUUCCCCAGUCCUAGUCGAUAACACGUUAAGCACAACCCUAGAGUGCCUCUCUGUGUUUUACUGCAUUUUAAUGUGCUUAAUGUCUUAAAGUUUCUGGGACUCCAUCUUAUCUGCAAGCCAUGACCUCAAAUCCUUUUUCCCUAAUCUCAGAUGAGUAUUUGUAACAUUUUUCUGUACGUGCUGAAAUGCACUUUUUUCUUUAUUUUUUACAUCAACUGUUUCAGUACUGAGUCCUGGUAGUGAAACCAUGUUUUGGGACAAGCCUUGGUGAGGAGCAAGUUGACUACAGCUUGGCCUACUGGUGACAAAAAGCUUGCUGCAAAAAUUUCACAAGGCAGCAUGAUUAUAUUAUAUGGUGAUGGACAGGAAAGUAUCAAGAGAGAACUUGAGCAAAACUAGAAAAAUGCAGCUAUUUUAAUGGGAAGAUCCCCCUGAACAGUCCAGCCUUAUGCUGCCUUGGGUUCUUAGUUUAAACAUCUUUCUAUUGAUCUGAUUUGUUACUCGGUGGAAGAUUAAACUGAGAGAUAAACAGAAAGCACUGGACUCUUUCCCCUGAACUAGCUUAGUCCAGAGGCAGCUGAUGCGCCAGAUCCCAGAGAACUGUUUAAUGUUUCAAGGUUAUGACCGCACUGUUUACAAGAUGUCUUCAGUUAUUUAUACUGUUAUUAUCAGCAGAGGGGCUUUAAAUUUCCAUCUCAAUUGCUCUUUCAAUAUAGAUUGAGGUGGAGUGGGGGUGUUCUGUUCAAUUAGGUGCCCAGGUAUUUUAUUGCGUUUUUGCUUUAGGAAAAUGUGGGGUGGGGGGCAGAAUAACAGCUUUGCAGGAGAAAUCCCUUUGAAAAGGAAAGUCUAACUUUGAAUUGUACCAAAUUCAGUUCAGGUUAUGCACAUGAAUAAUGGAAGUUUGUUAAAGACAUGGUAAUGUUGGGGGUGAUAUGCUUAAGGUCAUCUCAUAUAAGGUCACCAAACAAUAAAAGCAACAAAAAGUCAUGUGGCAUUUAAA